AUGGGUGCUUCGCAGCCGUCGCUGUCGCCGUCGCUGCUGCUUCUGUUCCUGCUGCUCCUGCUCCCAGUGGUCAGCGCCUCAGAGGCUGAGCACCGCCUGUUCGAGCGACUGUUUGAAGACUACAACGAGAUCAUCCGCCCCGUGGCCAACGUGUCCGAUCCGGUCAUCAUCCACUUCGAGGUGUCCAUGUCACAGCUCGUCAAAGUGGACGAAGUCAACCAGAUCAUGGAGACCAACCUGUGGCUCAAGCAAAUCUGGAACGACUACAAGCUGAAGUGGAACCCGUCUGACUACAACGGGGCUGAGUUCAUGCGGGUGCCUGCGCAGAAGAUCUGGAAGCCAGACAUUGUACUGUACAACAACGCCGUUGGGGACUUCCAGGUGGACGACAAGACCAAGGCCUUGCUCAAAUACACGGGCGAAGUGACCUGGAUCCCUCCGGCCAUCUUCAAGAGUUCCUGCAGGAUCGAUGUCACCUACUUCCCAUUCGACUACCAGAACUGCACCAUGAAGUUCGGCUCGUGGUCCUACGACAAGGCCAAGAUCGACCUGGUGCAAAUCGGCUCCUCCAUGAACCUGCGGGACUACUGGGAGAGCGGCGAGUGGGCCAUCAUCAAAGCCCCCGGCUACAAGCACGACAUCAAGUACAACUGCUGCGAGGAGAUCUACACCGACAUCACCUACUCGCUCUACAUCCGCCGCCUGCCCCUCUUCUACACCAUCAACCUCAUCAUCCCCUGCCUGCUCAUCUCCUUCCUCACCGUGCUCGUCUUCUACCUGCCGUCCGACUGCGGCGAGAAGGUGACGCUCUGCAUCUCCGUGCUGCUCUCGCUCACCGUCUUCCUGCUGGUCAUCACCGAGACCAUCCCGUCCACCUCGCUCGUCAUCCCGCUCAUCGGCGAGUACCUGCUCUUCACCAUGAUCUUCGUCACCCUGUCCAUCGUCAUCACCGUCUUUGUGCUCAACGUGCACUACAGGACGCCCACCACGCACACCAUGCCUGCCUGGGUCAAGACCGUCUUCCUGGACUUGCUACCCAGGGUCAUGUUCAUGACCAGGCCGGCCGGCGACGAGGGCGGCACGCCGAAACCGAGAGUCCUCGCCGGGGCCGAGCUCUCCAACCUCAACUGCUUCAGCCGCACGGAACCCAAAGCCUGCAAGGAGGGCCACCCCUGCCAGGAAGGGGGCGGCGUGUGCGGGUACUGCCGCCACCGGCGCAUCAAGAUCUCCAACUUCAGCGCCAACCUGACGCGCAGCUCCAGCUCUGAGUCUGUGGACGCGGUGCUGUCCCUCUCCACCCUGUCGCCAGAGAUCAGGGAGGCCAUUCAGAGUGUCAAGUACAUCGCUGAGAACUUGAAGGCGCAGAACGAGGCCAAGGAGAUUCAAGAUGACUGGAAGUAUGUGGCCAUGGUGAUCGACCGUAUCUUCCUGUGGGUCUUCAUCCUCGUGUGUAUCUUGGGGACAGCAGGAUUGUUUCUGCAGCCUCUCAUGGCCCGGGAUGACGCCUGA